AUGACAGCCGAGAAGCGAACCAGCUACAGUCUGCAGUUCAAGCUAAGUGAAAUUAGUGAAUACAGGGCCGGUGUUGACGGUUCUGGCUUCCACGCGCUCGCUAAGAAGCACAAGGUGACGCCGUCCAUGGUCAGAAACUGGUGGGACCGCAAAGACUCGCUGGUCAGCGCAUCGAGGAACCGCCAACUCGCUACCCGUUCACGACGAAGGAUGCCAGGAGCAGGCAGAAAACCAGAGCACCACGCACUAGAGCAACAAGUUCACGACUGGGUGAUAGCACGAAACCGUAAGAGCUCGCGUGUGAAAGACAAGUACAUACAACUCCAUGCACUCAACAUCUAUCGUGCCAUGAUGGCCUCGGCCCCAGAAGAAGAUCGUUGCGAGUUCCAAGCGUCCUCGGACUGGCUGGCCCGAUUUAAAGACCGUUGCAACCUUGUAUCCAGGAGGCAGACCAGUGCAAGAACUCUUCCAGAGAAUGUCAGCCAAAUUUGUCUUGAUUUUAUCACAAAUGCACAACAACUGAUCGAACAACACAAUAUACAGCCUUGUAACGUCAUCAACAUGGACCGAGUCCCGAGAUAUUUCGAGACCGAGCCGAAGUCGACUAUUACAACCCGUGGUGUGAGAGAAGUUCUGCUGCGGACCAAUACGACGACUACAUUAGCUCGGCUUUGGGCGACAAACGACCUCAAACAAAACCAGGGAACCCCAAAGUUCCGCGAUACGACAAGGUUUCCCAGUGGGUUUUGGACUGGAUUGCUACAAAAACCCACUGAGAUUUCGAAAGCGUUUUCGCUAUGUGGCCUGGUGCCAAAGAUGGAGUUCGACGUUAAAGAUCUGCAUCCGCCUCUCUGCGAUCUCUUAAGCCCGUCAGUUGGCAUGAACGAGUGGCAUCUACGUUAUCAGCACAUAGUGGAUGAGAAUGACAAUCGUGAAGAGCUGUGUGUUGCUCGACCUGCCUGGUACCUCCUUGAGGACAUGCGAACCAGCUUGUUCUGCUGUCUGCGAUACAGUAGCGGUGAGCAACUUCACGAGUCCAUUGACGUGCUCACUGAAUACAUGAGCAACUUACAGGAUUUGGACGGUCUGUUUGAUACUGACUAUAUCACCUCGCUGAAGAACGGAGAGACGCUACCAGGAGAGCUCGAGCUUUUUGCUGCAGCACACAUGCACCACUGGAAUAUUGAAGUCGAGACUCUGGAUGAAGACUGCAAAGUCGUCUCAGAGUACAUGUACACUGUUGACAACCGCACGGACACGGUGCACCUCGCACAAAUUGGCUUCUACUUUUCGCUGAAGCACCAGCUGUAUCAUGUUAACCAUGAUGCUAACAACCUCCAAGAAAACCUUUCUGGACAAGCUCAUCAGCCCUUCAUGAGCAGUACCUAUUUUUACCUUCUUCCGGGCGCCUUCAGCCUCAUUGGUUUCACCUACGGGGUCUCGGAAGGUCAGGCGACACGUGGAGGAAAGAUCAAGGUCAAGCUCGUUCCGAGUGGUCGAUGGGCAGACAGUCAGACUGAGACUGUCGAACUUGUUCACGCAGAGAUAGCUCCGAGAGUGGUGACAACACAGGAGGCCCUAGAUGGAGUGGGUACCUUCGUGGGAAGCGCUAUCUGCACGCCAAGGGUGCCCCCAGGGAAGGCCCGAAUUUGGGACUACGGAUUAGUCGUUGGUUAUGACUGGGAUGAAGAGUCGCUUCGAGGAACCCUUGAUGUUAACUUUGACGGGGUCGAACUACAGGUUGCACAUAAGCCAAACUCGAUUCAGGAUGUUGCUGUUGAGAUUUAUGUGUUGCGGCCUUGUGGUGGUCGUGGCGUGGGUCUGAUUAUGCCACUUGAACUCAAGCAGAGACACGAGAAGAUCUACAACAAGUUUAACGGAGUUGGCCAGCCAGCUGUUCGGGACUCGACAGCUCUGCUCGCUGAAGUUGGCAGCACUUCCAUCGAUGAGUCAAAACUGGUGCCACUCCUUGAUGUUACAAGUUUCAAAGUGUAUCAAGUGACCAUUCAACACAUCCUUGAUUACGUCUACUACAAAGACGGAAAGCGCACGGCACCACCCGAAAUUAAAUUAGGCGAUAGCAUUUUCAGCUUACCCAGCGAAGACGACAACAGUCAGGACCGGUCCAGAUCGAAUCGUCGUGAGCUAAAUCCGCAGAGCGAGCCUGUGUUCAGUGAUGGUCUUAGUGACUCGGAGGACGAUAGCGAGCCCCAGGGGUCGGUGCGACUGGACAGGCCUCCAGCGGAGUCGGCGUCAAAACGCAGACGUGUGAACAGCGCUGCCAACACCGGCAGCUGCGCUGAAGAUCGUAUGCAGCGACGUGGGCCAACUGGAACGCAAACAGGAAUAUAUCACUCUCUCAUCAACGCAGGGGUCAAGUCGCAUUUCAGUAUUGCUCACGAGUCUUUCAUGCGAGUCCAUCAGUUUAUAAUGCGGCAAGAGCUACAAUCUACACGGGGACAAGCUGCGUUUUCCGACGGUCAACGUGGCCAACCUCCCGCGGCAAAACGACCAGGCAAGUUCGAGAAGCGUCCCUCACGCUCAAUUCCUCUGGAGAUCCGAAAGGCCCUUCCUAAACAAGGCGGAAAAGAGAUCUGCCUUCGUUUUCUUUCCAAGGAAGGGUGUCGAGGCGAAAACGGAGCCUGUGUCGACACAAAUCGCUGCCAUUUUAAGCCAGCAGUAUUACCUCAGACGGUUCGUGAAUUUAAUGCUAAGAAAUUUGGAGGAAUAUCAAGUGACAUGCAGUGA